UAGGGCUUCUGCCCUCCCCCUUUCCCCUCAUCAGUUGGAGCACGCAGGGUCGGCGGAGGCGGCGGAAGGAAGGGGAGAGAGAGAGAGAGAGAGAGAGAUGAAGACGAUACUGUCGACGGAUACGAUGGAGAUCCCGGAGGGGGUGACGGUCCGGGUGAAGGCGAAGGUGAUCGAGGUGGAGGGCCCCCGGGGGAAGCUGGCCCGCAACUUCAAGCACCUCAACCUCGACUUCCAGCUCAUCGAGGGGGGGCGCCAGCUAAAGGUCGACGCCUGGUUCGGCUCCCGCAAGACCACGGCCUCGAUCCGCACCGCCAUCAGCCACGUCCAGAACCUCAUCACCGGCGUGACAAAGGGCUUCCGUUACAAAAUGCGCUUUGUCUACGCCCACUUCCCCAUCAACGCCUCUAUCACCAACAACAGCUCCUCCAUCGAGAUCCGCAACUUCCUCGGCGAGAAAAAGGUGCGGAAGGUGGAUAUGCUUGAGGGGGUGUCAAUAGUGCGGUCUGAGAAGGUCAAGGAUGAGCUCGUCCUUGAUGGGAAUGAUGUUGAACUUGUUUCUCGCUCUGCUGCCCUGAUCAACCAGAAAUGCCAUGUGAAGAACAAAGACAUCAGGAAGUUCUUGGAUGGUAUCUAUGUUAGUGAGAAGGGAACAGUUGAGGAAUAGCAAAUGAUUACGAAGAUGGUUAGAGUCUCCCUGAAGAUUUCUUGUGGAGGAGUCUCUGGCUAGACGAUUUUCUCUUAUCUUCAACUUAAUGUCUGCAGAGGGUAGGAAAUGGAGGCGGAGGUUUAAGAUAUCUAUUUUAUCUUGUGAUUGAUAUCAAUUACUGUUUCUAUCUUAUGAUGUUGGAAGUUAGCAACUCUGGUUAGUCUUCAAGUUCAAGAUAAUUAGCUGUGGAGACCUUUUUUUCUCUUUUCUUUUCUUUUUACUUGAUCAUGAUGAAAGUAGAUAAUCUUGGCAUGUGUUUGAACUAUGAAAGCUAGUUUAUUUUGCUUGUUUUCAA